UCGUCUUUCCGGUCCCCCCCGUCACCCCGAUGCUAGCGCCGUCGGGCUCGGCAGUGGGAGCGUAAUGGCGGUGCACCGGGGACCCUCCACGAAAUGGCUCUUCACCCGGGAGCAGCUGGACAACACGCCGUCUCGCCGCGGCGGCAUCGAGGCCGACAGGGAGCUCUCGUACCGCCAGCAGGCCGCCAACUUGAUCCAGGACAUCGGCCAGAGACUCAACGUCUCUCAACUCAUCAUCAACACCGCCAUAGUUUACAUGCACAGGUUUUAUAUGAUCCACUCCUUCAGCAAAUUCCACAGAAAUAUCAUUUCCCAGACCACGUUGUUCCUGGCAGCGAAAGUCGAAGAGCAGCCCAGGAAGCUGGAGCAUGUCAUUAAAAUAGCUCAUGCCUGCAUUAACCCACAAGAGCCUGCCCUCGACACGAAGGGCAAUGCAUUCCUGCAGCAGACACAAGAACUUGUGGCACUGGAAACAAUCGUGCUACAAACGCUGGGUUUUGAAAUAACAGUUGAUCAUCCACACACAGAUGUUGUGAGGUGUUCCCAGCUAGUGCGAGCAAGCAAGGAUUUGGCACAGACUUCGUAUUUUAUGGCUACCAACAGUUUGCACCUCACCACCUUCUGCCUGCAGUACCGACCCACCGUGGUGGCGUGUGUCUGCAUCCACCUGGCCUGCAAGUGGUCCAACUGGGAGAUCCCCGUGUCCACGGACAGCAAACACUGGUGGGAGUACGUGGACCGCACGGUGACCCUCCAGCUGCUAGAUGAGCUCACACACGAGUUUCUUCAGAUCCUGGAGAAGACGCCCAGCAGGCUGAAGAGGAUCCGGAACUGGAGGGCUAUCCAAGCAGCUAAGAAGCCAAAGGCGGACGGCUCGUCGGUGGACAGUGCCUUCCAGGGGACGUCCUUAGACGGCCUUCCCGGUAUCAACAACUCCUUCUUCCCCUCCACGUCUUCGUCAGACUCUUCGGACAUGUCCUCCCUGAGCGCCAUCGCGGCCUCUUACGCCUCCUACGAGCCGAUCGGCGACCCGUCAAAGAGCUGCGGCUACGAGCAGUUCUCCCAGCCUCCCCACUCGGACUUCACUCUGUUGAAACACGAACACAAGUCGGCAGGCGGCAAAAACAACCAGCCGCUCAGUGCGAACGCUGCCGCCGCCGCGGCUCUCUCACGCUCGCAGAAAGUCUUGACUUUGGAAAAGUACAGAGAGAAACAUGCGGCGGAUUUGGCCACGCAGAACGGCGUGAAGGAGGAGCUCGGCGCGGACUUGUACGCGCCGCCUCCGGCCGCGUCCUCGCACCACCACAAGAAACGCUCUCAGCCGAAAGAGGCCGGCCAGUCGGGCGAGGGCAGGAGGGAGAAGUCCAGCUCCAAGAAGCCUCGGCUGGCUCCUUCCCUCGCCGAGAACGGCUCCGCGACGAGCGAGGAGCUCAAGAUGAGAAUCAAGGUUUCCUCCGAGCGCCACGGCGGCUCCGAGCAGGGCGGGACUCUGCCCGGAAAGGACAAGCACAAAGAGCACGGCAGCCACCGCCACUUGAAACACGGACACUCGUACUCCCUGAGCGGGAACGGCAGAGGGGCGGCGGACGGCGCCUCGCUCCCUCUGCCCUCCGGCUCGUCCCGCAAGAGGCCUCACUCUGACGCGGGAAACCACAACCACCACCACCACUCGUCCAAGAGCGGCAGGAGCUCCAAGGGAGGCCUGAGCUCCGCCCACUACCUGUCGGAGAGCGGCCAGCGGAUGGUGGAGCACCACGGCCACGACGGAGCCAACGGCAUGCUGGCGGCCAACGGCCAGCACACCGACUACAAAGACACUUUCGACAUGCUGGACUCUUUACUAAGUGCCCAAGGAAUGAACUUGUAACCCCGAGAGUCCCCGGUGUUGUCUAGAAUAAGGUAUUACCAUGUUUAAUAGAACUUUUUAAAAAUUUUAUUUGUCUUAAGUUAUCUGAAUCCUGCGUCGCCGUCAGCCGUGUCUCCACGCUGAUCGUCGACGGUCCUCGUGAAGCUGUCAAAUAUGAAAUUAUAUGCAUAGAGCUGUUGUACUACUAGCUUGCAACGAGAAAAAAACAAACAAACCAAGAGGUGUUUAAAGAACGUGGCUGAAUUUUAAAAAGCUGAUUUUAAUGCAAGCGUAUGAUUUUAAUGUGCAUGUUUUCAGUCACAAAAGGGAAGAAGACAGCGAGAGUUCGCGGCCACUGUGACAGUUUACAAGACAGUUGAUUUUUUUUUUUUGUAUGUUAAGACAUUAUGUUCCACUAAAAAUCUCAGGUCUUGAACUUUUUUGAUAUGAGAGCGACUCUUCCUCUGUUUGGGUUUGUUACCUGUAUCUGUGGGGACGUGUCACCGGGCAGAACUCUGCUUUCUGUCUGAGGGAAGAAGAAGAAGAAGAAAACAACAGUCUGCUUAUCUUUUCCAAACGUGCAUCGAUAGUUACAAAAAGAAAAACAAACCUGAAGCAACCGCGCAGACUCACUAUAGAGCUACAGAAGAAGUUUACGUUACAUCUGCUGUGAAAUUGCAUUUAAAAAUAUAUCAACGGCUAAAAAUGGCAAAAUGGCCUCGUGAUUGUACCUCGUCAAUCGCUCUUCACUAUGGUAAAUGUUAUUAACUAUCAAAAGAGAAACAAAACAACGCAGAUCUCUAAAAGUCAAAUGUACAUAACUGUAGUUCAGAUUCCGUUCCGACCUUCCUCCGUUCAGUGUAUCAUGAGAUCUGAAGCAGACUGUACCGACCGCGUAUCCGGGAUCUGUGUGUCUGGAGCCCAAAUAAAGGUGUAAAAGAAA